AUGACUGUCUCUAAACUUUUAAAAGAGAGAGUUAGAUACGCUCCAUAUUUGGCUAAGGUCAAGACCCCAGAAGAGCUGAUUCCAUUGUUUAAGAAUGGUCAGUACUUGGGUUGGUCUGGUUUCACUGGUGUUGGUACACCAAAGGCUGUGCCUGAUGCUUUGAUUAAGCAUGUUGAGGACAAUAAUCUGCAAGGCAAGCUAAGAUUUAACUUAUUUGUUGGUGCAUCUGCUGGUCCAGAAGAAAACAAAUGGGCUGAACAUGACAUGAUCAUCAGAAGAGCUCCUCAUCAAGUUGGUAAGCCAAUUGCAAAGGCCAUUAACAACGGUAAGAUUCAGUUCUUCGACAAGCACUUGUCUAUGUUCCCACAAGAUCUAACAUACGGUUACUACACGAGGGACAGAACCGAUGGUAAGAUUCUUGACUACAUGAUUAUUGAAGCCACCGCCAUUAAGGAAGAUGGUUCCAUCGUUCCGGGUCCAUCUGUUGGUGGUUCUCCAGAAUUCAUCUCUGUCAGUGAUAAAGUUAUCAUUGAAGUGAACACGGCUACUCCAUCAUUCGAAGGUGUUCAUGACAUUGACAUGCCCGUAAAUCCUCCUCACAGAGUUCCAUACCCAUACACCAAGGUUGACCAAAAGAUUGGUGUAGACUCCAUCCCUGUUGACCCAGAGAGAGUCAUUGCUAUCGUUGAAUCUAAGACCCGUGACCAAGUUGGUCCAAACACUCCAUCCGACGAUAUGUCUAAGGCUAUUGCUGGUAACCUAAUUGAAUUCUUUAGAAAUGAAGUUAAGCAUGGUAGAUUACCAGAAAACUUGCUACCUCUACAAAGUGGUAUUGGUAAUAUUGCUAAUGCAGUCAUUGAGGGUUUGACCGACGCUAACUUUAAGCACCUGAAUGUCUGGACCGAAGUCUUGCAAGACUCAUUCUUGGAUCUAUUUGAAAAUGGUUCCCUUGACUACGCAACUGCUACAUCCAUUAGAUUGACUGAGCCAGGCUUUGAAAGAGUUUUCAAGAACUGGGAUUUCUACAAGUCUAGAUUAUGUUUGAGAUCUCAAGUUGUAUCAAAUAACCCAGAAUUAAUUCGUAGAUUGGGUGUGAUUGCUAUGAACACUCCUGUUGAGGCUGACAUUUACGCACACGCUAACUCCACAAACGUGAAUGGUUCCCGUAUGCUAAAUGGUUUAGGUGGCUCUGCUGACUUCUUGAGAAAUGCUAAGCUGUCCAUUAUGCAUUGUCCAGCAGCCAGACCAACUAAGGUUGACCCAACUGGUAUUUCCAGUAUUGUUCCUAUGGUUUCCCAUGUUGAUCAAACAGAACACGACUUGGAUGUCUUGGUCACUGACCAAGGUCUAGCAGAUUUGAGAGGUCUAUCACCAAGAGAGAGAGCCCGUGAGAUUAUCAACAAAUGUGCUCAUCCAGACUACAAGCCAUUGCUACAAGACUACUUGGACAGAGCUGAACAUUAUGCUACUAAGCAUGGUUGUCUACAUGAACCUCAUAUGUUGAAGAAUGCUUUCAAGUUCCAUACCAACUUAGCUGAAAAGGGUACCAUGAAAGUUGAGUCUUGGGACCCUGUUGAAUAG